AUGCGCCUUUAAGAUUGGUUGUGAAGCGUCCUACUCUAUAGAGGAAGAAGUUGUCAAAUGCCAGGAAGUUGCAGUCAUGAGGCGGUAAAGUUAUGAGUUUGUGUUUUCCUUCCAGCCAAAAGUUUGUUUAAAAUGUCAGUUUCCUUUUUUUCCUCGCACUGACGGAUGUGGCGAGGCGGGACCGUCGUCUCCACACUGCCAGCUGUCUGUGGUCACAACGCGACGUUUUACUACGAGCCGAGAGGAGCAGAAAGCAGGUCGGCUGUUGCAUCGACAUCCACGUUACUUUAUGCUGUUUACAGGGUGCAUCGUUAAAAGAAUGUCCUCCACUAUUUCCCGUUUUGUCAUCUGGGAGUCAGAGGGUCUGGUGGCCUACCUGCACCCCCGGCCCUGGACCCCGGGCUCUGUAAUCUUGGAGCGCAGCACACCCGGCGGCGUCGGAGGCAGCGUCUUCCACCUGGAGCAGCAGGAGUUCUUGUCCUGGCUGUUUGGGGCGAGAGCCGUCGCAGAGCUGCUGUGUGACAGGUUGGGGGUUCGGAGGUGUGCGCUGGUCAGCAGGCCCCACAGAGACAGACCGGCUCAGAUUUGUGUCCUUCCCCUACAUGGGCUGGAUGAAGAGUGGCGCCCUCACCUGGCAGGAGAAGAGGAGCACAACGCCCACGACCCUGGGUACUGCACCUCCAAGACUGCUCCUCGAUGGACUGACUCCAGCCUGACUGAAAUCCAAACCAAGAUUCGAGCCAGGCUCCCGUUACCUGACGCCCCGCCCAAUCUGACUUUCCUUGGCGACGAUCCAGCUCAUCCUGGACUGUUUUCACGCAUCGUUCGUGGGGAAGAGCAGCAAUGGCGGGUGUGGGAAGACGAAGGUCACGUGGCCUUUCUCACCCCUUUCCCAAAUUCACCUGGCUUUACUGUGCUGGUCCCACGCCGACCUUUGACCUCUGAUAUAUUCAGACUAGACAAAGACGACUAUGAGGGACUGGUGCUGGCAACCUGGAGGGCAUCCAGGGUUCUUGAGGAAGGGUUGGGUGCCUGGGGGACGGGACUUAUCUUUGAGGGUUUUGAGAUUGACUACGCUCAUGCCAAGUUAAUUCCACUGUUUCAACCUUCAUCAUCAGGGACAGGAGAUAGCUCCUCUAAACCCACAGCACCCCCCCAGUUUUACCCCACAUAUCCUGGAUAUGUGACCUCAGAAGAUGGACCUGUAUCCAGCUUAGAAAAUCUUAAGGAACUCCACAUUAAAAUUACUCAGGUUUAAUGCUGUUAACUAUAGUUGGAUUCAUACACAUGCAUGUAAACUCCUUAUGGUUACUCUUCGAUGUAAAAGAGAUUCCUCUGUGCCUUAGGAAUGAAAAAAUAAUGUAAAAUAACAGAUACACCUUCAAAAUUAAACAUAAUU